AUGGUGUCUAAUGAGCCAAGUGGGAGAAUCAUGACCUUCCACCCAACCAUGGAAGAAUUUAAAGAUUUCAACAAAUAUAUUGGUUACAUGGAAUCUCAAGGUGCCCACCGAGCUGGCCUGGCGAAGGUCAUUCCACCCAAGGAAGGAAAGCGACAGACCUACGAUGAUGUCAGUGACAUGGUGAUAGCCACUCCCCUCCAGCAGGUGGCGUCUGGGCGAGCAGGUGUGUUCAUUCAAUACCACAAAAAGAAGAGGGCCAUGACAGUGGGCGAGUAUCGCCUGUGGGCAAACAGUGGACAGUAUCAGACUCCACCACACUUGGACUUUGAGGAUCUGGAGCGGAAAUACUGGAAAACGCGCCUGUACGACUCGCCCAUAUAUGGCGCUGACAUCAGUGGCUCCUUAUUUGAUGCCAACACUAAACAGUGGAACCUUGGCCACCUGGGAACCAUCCAGGACCUGCUGGAGCAGGAGUGUGGGGUUGUCAUCGAAGGCGUCAACACGCCCUACCUGUACUUUGGCAUGUGGAAGACCACCUUCGCUUGGCACACGGAGGACAUGGACCUUUACAGCAUCAACUACCUGCACUUCGGGGAGCCCAAAACGUGGUACGCGGUGCCCCCAGAACACGGCCAGCGCCUGGAGCGCCUGGCCAGGGAGCUUUUCCCGGGCAGCUCUCGGGGCUGCCAGGCCUUCCUGCGGCACAAGGUGGCCCUCAUCUCGCCCCCUGUCCUCAAGGAGAACGGGGUCCCGUUCAGUCGCAUCACUCAGGAGGCUGGAGAGUUCAUGGUGACCUUUCCCUAUGGCUACCACGCUGGCUUCAACCAUGGCUUCAACUGUGCGGAGGCCAUCAACUUUGCCACCCCGCGAUGGAUCGACUAUGGCAAAGUGGCCUCUCAGUGCAGCUGCGGGGAGGCCCGGGUGAGCUUUUCCAUGGAUGUGUUCGUGCGCCUCCUGCAGCCCGAGCGCUAUGAGCUGUGGAAACGCGGGCAGGACCAGACCGUUGGGGACCAUGUGGAGCCCAGAGCGCCGGGCAGCCAGGAGCUGAGCGCCUGGAGGGAAUCCGGGCGGCGGAGAUCUGCGCUGGGCCUGAGGCACCUCCAGCCCCGUCGAGCCACGCACACCCCUCGAUCAGUGGGCACGGGCUGUGGGUACGGUCGCCGCCACACCCUGGUGCGCCAGCCAUGCCUGCGCCCCUCGCUAGGCCGGGGUUCUGCCUCUGCUGCCCAGCCCGCGGCUGCAGCGGCCCUCUGCUCCUCAGAGCCCGACACAUCCUCACAGCCAACCUCGGGCCCAUCUGCCCAGGAUCUCCAGCCAACUGGCACACGUGGUAGUGAGAGUGUUCGUCGUCCUCAGGAACAGGGGACUCAAGAGUGGAUUGUUCAGGCCCCGGCUAAGAGGCGCCGCCUAGUGGGCGCAGUGCGCACAGCUCCGGAUCCCAAAGCCCAGCCUGUGCCUGAGGACAAACCCUCCAUGGACAGCCCAGCACCACUGAGCCCUGGUGGCCAGCAUCCUGUGUGGGCUUCUGGGUGCUGUUGUGCCCCUGACCUUCAACCCUUGGUGCCCCCAUUGGAUCCCGAUGCACCGAUGCACCCUGGCCCGUGCCUGCUAUCUCUGGACAAUAUUCCAGCCAAUUUCCCUGACAAUGUCCCACUAACUCCUCGCUGUGUCACUGGGACUCUGAGGUCCUUCCCCACAGACCUGGCUGGAAACCACAGGGCCCCUGCGAGCCUCUCUGAGCUUGUGAGGAUGGACCACUCUCAUACCUCCGUGGUCCAGGUCCCCGCCACAGUUGCCCAAAUGUCCUGGACCCCUGACUGUGAAUCCCUGGAGCUAAAGCUAGAGGCAGCUGCCUCUCUGGUGUCCUGGGACACAUUCCCUGCCAAUGGGCGGUCUUCCAUCUUUGAGCCUAUCACUGAUGAAGAUUUAGCCAAAUAUGGCUGUAUCUGA